CUGCUCUAUUUUGGCAUAGUGAAACAAGCUUAGUUUCAGCAGCAGUUACAAGCAGAUUUACUCUUUUAGUGCUUUAGAAAUACUGGUACUAACGUGUCUGAAAAUGUGUAAAUAUUCUCAAGAGAAGAAAACAAUAAGUAUUUAAAACCAACUUCCAAAGGCAGGGGAAGCACCUUAUUAGCAUUGAAAAAGAAAAGCCACCAGAGAUGUCUCCUUCUAGAAAGAUCAUUGUUAACAGUCUGGCGAGAAGACAACGGGCAUUAUGGUGUAAUGGAACCAGAGUAUCCAUAUAACGUCGGUGUGAGAAAACACUGCCCAAAUGUUCAGCUUUGCCUUAAAGCGGCCAACUCUAAACAAAGCCUCCUCAGCGCUACAACCUCACUGGGUACCUAACAGGCGCUACCACUACGCUCUCUGAGCAUCAGGGCCUCAAACAAUCGCCCAGCCUAAUGUCCUAACAAAGGAAAAGGUUACAGCACACAUCGCCCAUCAGCCCUAUCCUCAAACACACACCGAAGAUUCAACCCUCCCCACACCUCGGCGUUGCGCUGCGGGCCGGACCAGGCCAGGCCAGCGGGGCGGGUGGGGCUUUCCCCGCCCCUUCUCCCAGGGUCUACAUAAGGAGAGGAGCGGCUGUCGAAAAGCGCUGCUUCUUUCAUACCCCUCCUUUAAAAAGAAAAGAAAAAAAGAAAAAAAAAAAAAAGGAAACAAAAAAGUGGGGUUCUUCAGUGUUUGCUUUCCCGACGCUUCUGUUGUUUUUGUUUUAAAGGCCUCGUUGGUUUAUUUUUAAGUGUGUGGGCGGUGUCACAGCUCCGGGGAACGAUGUCUGCAAAUGCGGAAGCCCAAUGUGGAAGUAUCUCAGAGGAUAACAGCCAUUUGUCAACAACCUGCCAAGGAUAUGUUUUACCAGAAGGAAAAAUCAUGCCAAAUACAGUCUUUGUUGGUGGAAUUGAUACAAGGAUGAAUGAAGCAGAAAUUCGAAGUUACUUUGAACAAUAUGGUACUGUGAAGGAGGUGAAAAUAAUCACUGACAGAACUGGUGUUUCCAAAGGGUAUGGAUUUGUUUCAUUCCUGGACAAUGUGGAUGUUCAAAAAAUUGUAGAGUCACAGAUCAGUGUCCAUGGCAAAAGGCUGAAACUGGGACCAGCAAUUAGAAAACAGCAGAACUUGUGUUCUUACGUGCAGCCUAGGCCAUUGGCUUUCAAUCCUCCUGCACCACAGUUCCAUAGUGUAUGGAGUAAUCAGAAUACAGAGACCUACGUGCAACCUCAACCUGUGGUGAGCCCACUAACUCAGUAUGUACAGACAUACGCAUACAGUUCACCGGCUUUAUUGAUACAGCAGCAAGUUCCUGUAGGAUAUCAGCCAGCAUACAACUAUCAGGCUCCUCCGCAAUGGGUUCCUGGGGAGCAAAGAAACUAUGUUAUGCCUCCGGUUUAUACUUCAGUAAACUAUCACUACAGUGAGGAUCCAGAGUUUAUGCAGACAGAAUGUGCAGCUCCAGAGCCCCCACAGUCGUCUGGAAAUAGUCCACAAAAAAAGUCUGUGGACAGGAGCAUACAAACAGUAGUAUCUUGUCUGUUUAAUCCUGAAAACCGUCUGAGGAAUGCCUUUGUAUCACAAGAAGACUACUUUAGGGAGCGGAGGGUGCAUCACUUCAGAAAAGGAAGAGCAGUGCUCAAAAGUGUUUGAUGAACAAAGACUUUGAAGUACAUAAAUGUGUUACUUUGAUGUUCCUACUGUUCAGUUUAGUAAGAUGUGUAGUAAAAAAGUGCAACCUUUUUCAAGAAGUUGCUUCAAGUUGAUGUUUGUGUUCUGUUUUACCUGUUCCAGAGUUGCUGUUUUGGCUUGACAAGUUUUGAAGUUGUAAGAGUUGAAAUAUUUCCAGGUUUUAUUACUAGCUUGCAUGCUUUUCCCACUAACCGAAAUAUUGAUCUUAAGGAAUUGAUAUGGGGAAGGGGAAGAAAGGAAAAAAAAAAAAAACAACACUCUUUGUUUGGUACAUGUGGAUUUUCUUCUGAGCUUUAAGGUACAGUUUGUUGCAUGUUAAGAUUUAGUUCUUAUUAAACCACAGUUUUAAGUUACUAAUGUCAACCAGUUACCUCUUGCAGUUCAAAAGUUGAAGCGGUUCCUUGUCCAAGAUGGGAGUAUUUUAAAACUGAGCUCUUAAUCAGUGGAACAGAAGACGUCAAGGUCUAACUCAACUGAAGCCCUUUAAGUCCUGGUUCUCUUUAGGCUACCUAAUCAAUGUCUUUGUUUGCUAAUGACAGUUUGUCUGUGUGAAUCCUAAAAGUCCUGUAUGUAACUUAAGAUGCCAGAAUGUAAGUAGCUACAUCACUCAGUGGAGCAUGUUUUUUGUGUUUUUUUUUUUUUUUUUUACUGCAUUAAUUUUAGCAAUGCCUGUAUCUUAAAAUUGUGAGAAAAUACUGCAUUUAAAAUAUGCCUAACUUUGUGAUGCCAAGUGUUAAUCAAAGAAUACAUGUAAGCAUAUUUUAAUAAUAAUUAUGUAGAUUUUAGUUAUGUAUUUUGAAACAAUUAAAAAUUUUUAAUUUUGACUUGCAACCUCAGUGUGAGUGACAUCUUAAUGUAACACUUUUUAAUUCUAAGCUGCUUUGAGAAAGGCAUCUAACACAGUAUUUAUUGAAGGAAUCGAAGAUUUAUUACCCUAUGUAAGAAUUCCAGUUACUGCAAGUGUUCAGCAACAAACUUUCAGGUUUGGUUUUAGUUCCUACCUGCGGUUUUGAAUGAGUACAACUGAGAACAACACUCAGUCUUGUAUGUGUGCGGAGUCCUAGUCUGAUUUAUUUCUCUUAUUGCUAUCCUUACACCUCAGUCUCUCCAAAUAAAAAAGGAAGUAACUCCUCCUUUGUAGAUGUGUAUAUAUGAAAUAAUAGGAUGGCAUGUCCUACUUCAAGUGUCUAGAAGUAGAUGUCAGUGAAACAUGCAAUAAGAGCCAGGUUGCUAUGGACAUUGAUGGUGGGCUAUAAGAUGCAGCACGAAGAUAUCCCAGGACUGUUCCUUAGGAGUAGGAGUGCUCAAGAUGAGAUUAUUAAAUUAUAUAUAUAUAAUUGGUGCAAUUCUACAUGAAAUCACUCAGUAACAAUGUUCUGGCAGCAUAAAUUGACUUGAAGUUGUUAGCUUUUUUUCUCUGCUCAGACUGUUCCCUAUUGCUAAAGAUGCUGUGUCCUUAAGUAUGUUUCCACACUAUCAAUACUGUGUUUUUCUCAACCUGUUGCUUCAAUAGUACUCUUAGUUAUUGGUAUACUUAACUUCUUCCACGUUUCCAGCUUCUGUGUAAGUGGUUUUCAAUCGUACACAAUUAAACUCCACAUACAAG